UUUUAUUUUUUUCUUGAAUCCCAUGAGUUUCUGCGCGAAGAUCGUCUCUUUCUUCAAGAAAUCCCGCGCUUUUUCUGCUGUCGGUGCUGUUGCUGCUGCUGCUACAGCAGCCUCCGUUUCCCCCGCAUCGGCCGCCCCUCUUCCUGCAAGUUCCUCAUCCUCCGCCAUGGGUGACGCUCCCAAGACCUUCCGCACCCGUGUCUGCAUCAUCGGCAGCGGCCCACGCGCCCCCGCGCCCCCCCCCGCCGCUAUUUACGCCGCUCGCGCCGAGCUCAAGCCCGUCCUCUUCGAGGGAUGGAUGGCCAACGACAUCGCCGCCGGCGGCCAGCUUACGACGACCACCGACGUGGAGAACUUCCCCGGUUUCCCUGAGGGCAUUCUAGGGUUUGAGCUCAUGGACCGAUGUCGCGCGCAGUCCGUCCGAUUUGGCACCGAGGUGCUCUCUGAGACGGUAACUUCCGUUGAUUUCUCCUCCCGUCCCUUCCGCGUUGUUUCUUCCUCCACAGUCGUGGAGGCAGACGCCGUCAUUGUAGCCACAGGAGCCGUUGCUCGUCGUCUUUACUUCCCUGGCGCCGACGAGUUAUGGAACAGGGGAAUCUCAGCCUGUGCAGUCUGUGACGGCGCGGCCCCGAUUUUCCGUAACCGUCCCAUUGCGGUGGUAGGUGGCGGCGACUCAGCCAUGGAGGAGGCAAAUUUCCUAACCAAGUACGGAUCUAGGGUUUACAUUUUACAUCGCAGGGAUACUUUCAGGGCAUCCAAGAUCAUGCAAGCAAGAGCAUUGAGAAAUCCUAAGAUAGAGGUGGUAUGGAACUCGGAGGUAGUGGAGGCUUAUGGUGCCAAGGACGGAGGACCGCUUAGUGGAGUGAAACUUAAGAAUAUUGCCACUGGAGAUAUUAGCGAGUUGGCGGUGUCUGGGUUGUUCUUUGCAAUUGGACAUGAGCCGGCGACGAAAUUCCUUGUAAAACAGCUGGAGCUCGAUUCAGAUGGCUAUAUUGUGACAAAACCAGGAACUACCCAGACAAGUGUUAAAGGAGUUUUUGCUGCUGGCGAUGUGCAGGACAAGAAGUAUAGGCAGGCGAUCACUGCAGCUGGGUCUGGGUGCAUGGCUGCCUUGGAUGCUGAACAUUACCUGCAGGAGAUUGGUGGUCAAAAGGGAAAGGCUGAUUGACUAUCUUCAGAUUGCGUGUCAAAGUCCAAAUUAUAGUCAUAUACUAUAUAUAUAUAUGUAUAUAUAUAUAUAUAUAGCUCCAUGCAGUUUGUAUUUGUACUCAUGUGAUCUAAUUUAAUGUGUGCUCUAGAUUAAGCAUAUUGCUAUGCACAUUUUCGUGUCGUGAGGUUCGCA